AUGGCCAUGGGUCCCGACCUCUGCCUCCAGGUGCUCAGGCUUCUGGCCUCGCAGAGUGUAGGUGUAGAGCUGGGAAGCCGUCGCUUCCGUCAGAUGGCGAAGCGUGCCAUCGCUCAGGGCUAUCGUGGCAAGCUGCGGGCAGCAGGGCAGGAAAUAGCCGUGCGCGUUGUCGUGAAAGACGUCGACGAUCUCGAAGACGUUAUCGGAGGGCACAGCGGCUGA